GGGCUAGGGUUACGCUAAUCUCCUUUCGGAGCCGUCGAAGCAAAACCUAUCGAGAGCUCCGACAGUCCGCAUCAAGCCAUCUGCUAUCGCUUCCCGCUUCAACUUGACAUCACCUUCCCCGCUCUUUGUUUCAUAAUGGAAGGCGCUGACAUUGUCGAGUCGCCGCGUAAGCGGCUUAAGGUUGACAACACCUCUACGACCGAUGAAGCUACCCUCCCCCCUUCCGCCGGAGCCCCUGCGGAAAUCUCCGAACGUGACGCUCAAGCAUUGAAGGAGGCCGAAGUUGGGAUUACCGAGUUUGUUAGCGCAGAGAAUGCGGGGUUUUCUGGCAUCUUGAAGAAGAGGUAUACCGAUUUCUUGGUCAAUGAGAUCGUUCCCUCGGGCGAAGUGCUGCAUUUAAGUGCCCUGGCUGGACCUCAGUCGGAACAGAACAACAAUGACUCUGCGGAUAAGACGGAAACAACAGUAGAGAACAAACAACAGGGGGAUGCAGAAGCGGCGGUUGCGAGCGACGCCACACCCAACGCGGAGACACCUGCAGUCGAGUUUCAAAUCUCAGAUGAGGACAAGGAGCUGUUGGAUUCCUAUUUUGGCGCCGAUCACGCUAAGAAAAUUAUAUCGCUGCAUAGACGUGCCCAGUCCAAUGAGAAAGCCCGCCCAAGUGAACUGGGAAGACUUCCCACCGUUGUUGUAAACGAUCGCGACCUGCGCAUCAAGAUGCACCAGACGAUCCGUCGCAUCUUCAAUUCGCAGAUUGAAUCUUCCACUGAUGCUGAAGGCCUGAUGACCAUCUCAGUCGCUGCAAACCGAACCAAGCGCAAGGCGCAGGGUGCUCGCGAGGGUGGCCGGAACCAAGGCCGUGUCAACUGGGAUGAGCUGGGAGGCCCCUAUUUGCAUUUUACUAUCUACAAGGAAAACAAGGACACGAUGGAAGUUAUAUCUUUUAUCGCGCGCACAUUGAGGUUGAAUCCCAAGAGCUUCCAAUUUGCUGGCACUAAGGACCGACGCGGAGUGACGACGCAAAGGGCUUGCGCUCACCGCGUGCAUGCUGAUCGACUUGCGAAAAUGAAUUCGACUCUCCGCAAUGCCGCACUUGGCGAUUUUGAGUAUCGCAAGUAUGGCCUUGAGCUAGGCGAUCUCGCCGGAAACGAGUUCGUUAUAACGCUUCGUGAAUGUGAUAUCCCAGGCAUUGACCUUCAAGAUCGUGAAACCGCCAUUAAGAAUGCCACUGAGCGCGUAGGCUCGGCUUUACGAAACCUGCGUGAGCGUGGCUACUUCAACUACUACGGUCUUCAGCGCUUUGGAACCUUUGCGACGCGGACGGACACAGUGGGUGUCAAAAUGCUACAGGGAGACUUCAAAGGCGCCUGUGAUGCUAUCCUUCACUAUAGCCCCCAUGUUCUGGCCGCUGCCCAAGAAGGCGAGAGCUCGACCACUCUGAUAAGCUCAGAUGAUAAGGCCCGUGCAGAGGCCAUCUACAUCUUCGAAACGACUAGUAGAAUCAACGAAGCCCUUGAGAAAUUACCUCGGAAGUUCUCCGCAGAAGCUAACUUGAUACGGCAGUUGGGCCGUUCCAAGAAUGACUACCUCGGAGCCUUGCAGGCGAUUCCCCGGAACCUGCGGUUGAUGUAUGUGCACGCCUACCAAUCUUUGGUCUGGAACUUCGCUGCAGGCGAGCGGUGGCGGCUGUACGGAGACAAAGUCGUGGAGGGAGACCUGGUUCUCAUUCACGAACACAUUGACAAGAACCAAAAUGCCAAUGGCCCUGCCACUGAGGUCGACGCAGACGGCGAGGUGAUCAUCGCCCCGCACGCAGAGGACAGCGCCUACGCCGCAAGCGAUGCUUUUGUACGCGCACGAGCCCUGACAGCUGAGGAAGCCGCCAGCGGCAAGUACACGAUCUUCGACGUUGUCCUCCCCUUGCCAGGAUUCGACGUGCUCUACCCCGCCAAUGCUAUGGAUGGCUUUUACAAGCGCUUCAUGGGCAGCGAACAAGGUGGCGGUCUAGAUCCAUAUGACAUGCGCCGUAAAUGGAAGGACAUCAGCUUGAGUGGAAGCUACCGGAAGUUCCUCAGCCGAAUGGGGGCAGACUAUUCGGCCGAGGUGAAGUUGUAUUCCGUGGAUGAUGAGCAGUUCGUGCAGACGGACCUGGAGAAGCUUAACGGCAAGCAAAGCACCGCCGCUAAUGCAGACUCCGCCGACAAAAUUGCUGUCGUUCUGAAGUUCCAGCUGGGAUCCAGUCAGUAUGCCACAAUGGCCCUGAGAGAGCUGAUGAAGGGCAAGGUGAUUGCGUAUAAGCCGGAUUUCGGUGGGCGUUGAUUCCGAGACUAUUGUACAUAUACCUCAACGCAUGCACCACUACCUCAUCUGGUGUAAGCUCAAAAGUUUUGUAUAUAUUGAGCAUAGAUUCAAUAUCAUAUAAUCUAUCCAUAUUAACAGUGCUGUCAUGGCUUCCAACGAUUAGGUAUACCAAAGACACUGUUCAAGGGACCCGACCGCCCGACAUCCAGAGGAUUUUGGUCAACCCAUCUACCACCUGGCAGAAAAAGUUGACCACAGUCUGAACUGGACCUCCGGCAAGUGUAUCUUUUAGUAAACCAAGGAUGUAUUGUAUGCCCAGUUCGUGACCCAUACUGCCUUCUGCUCCAAUUUCACUUGAUCCUAAUAUAGUAGGUAAAUAGCUGUGUAUUCAGCUUUUUAUCCAGGAAAUUUCCUCCAAAUUUGGUGGAGAUAGAGGGGGUCUACUUGAAAGGUAUAC